AUGGCCGCUAUCUCGCAGGUGACAUACCAUCGGGAUGUCAAUGCUCACAACAUCCUGGUGCAGGCCGCGCCCGGCGCGCCCGCGCCUGAGGGACGAGCGCCCAGCUACGGCUUGGUGGACUUUGGUCUGGCGGUGGAUGCGUCGGGCUGGUGCGACCCAUCACCGAGCAACCCUGGUGGUAAAAGCGAAUGGGAGUUCCUGGAUGUAGGCGGGGACUGCCGCUACUGGCCUGUGUCAGCAUGGAGGCAGUUUGAGGCGGGAUGUCGAGCUUUGGUGCAGGAAGAUUUUCUCUGCGUGGAGUACCAGACGCACUUGGAUUUACAGGGCCUGGGCCUCACGGCGGUGCAGGUGCUGAGUAGCAUGCUGCCUGGCGACGUUAAGGCCCCCGAGCUCAAAAGGUUGCAGGAGCUCUGGCAACUCUACUGGGAGGAUGCCUCGUGCUACUGGGCGUCUUUGUUGGACACCUUCCGACAUGGUGGCGAUUGGACCGCCUUGAAACAGGACUUUGUGGCCCGGAAGGUCUAUCGCAUCAUGGCCGACAGGUAUCCUCGAUGCUUCUGUACCUUUGCACACAAGCAUGUCCUUGCACACUAUUACCUUCCCAAGCUGUGCAGAACUGGAAUGCAACUUUGCACAUUUCUUCGAGAGGAACACCAGAUAUGA